AUGUCCCAGGCCACCCUCCCCGACCUGCCCUAUGCCUACGACGGCCUGGAACCUUACAUCUCCCGUCAGAUCAUGGAGCUUCACCACAAGAAGCACCACCAGACCUACGUCAACGCUCUCAACGCCGCUGAGCAGGCCUACGCCAAGGCGUCCACUCCCAAGGAGCGCAUCGCUCUCCAGGCCGCUUUGAAGUUCAACGGUGGUGGACACAUCAACCACUCGCUUUUCUGGAAGAACCUCGCGCCGUCUGCCGUUGAGAAGAAGGGCCACGGGGGUGAGCUCAAGGCUGGUCCCCUCAAGGACGCCAUCGAGGCCAAGUGGGGCUCGCUCGACGUCCUCAAGAAGGAGUUCAACGCUGCCACUGCUGGUAUUCAGGGUUCCGGCUGGGGAUGGCUCGGCCUGAACCCAUCGGACAAGUCCCUCGCUAUCGUAACCACCGCUAACCAGGACCCGCUCCUGACCCACAUCCCCAUCAUCGGCGUCGAUAUCUGGGAGCAUGCGUUCUACCUGCAGUACCUCAACGUUAAGGUCGACUACCUCAACGCGAUCUGGAACGUCAUUGACUUCCAGGAGGCGGAGAAGCGCUUCGUCGAGGGCGCUUCGGCUAAGCUCUGAGCUUCUCCUUGAAUCUUUGCUGUAGGAUGGCUGUGGCUGUGGAAUGAUGAUUCUUCAUUCCUUGCUCACGCUGUACAUAGGAUGAUGGAGAACGGAGAAGUGAAGUGAAAACGCGAUGUAUGCUUUUCGGAUGCUUGGUAUGCGGAAUGGAAUUAUGAUGUUUUUGUAUGCAUAUGAUGAAGCGGUAGUGCACACUGCAAUGGAACUUGUUGGUGUUUGG